GAAAAAUUUCUCGAAUUUUCAUUUGAAAAGUUCGCGUCUUACAAAUUAAUUUCUCGCUUCAAAAUACGACGCACAAUCUACAAGGAGACCAUGUCGACUCUGCCAUUUCUGCUGAGUGUUGCCGACGAGCUGGACAAUAUCCAUACUCAGUCGUAUAUGGAUGAUUUUGGACUUGGUUUUCAUCCGCAUCGGCAAUAUUAUCGCACGCCAACCAUACAACUGUCGCUCCCAGCGAGCACCGAUUGGACUGGGCGCGCAGAUUGGACAGGGCGCACUGAUUGGCAGGGAAGACAUGCACGCUAUCGUAGCUAUAAGUUCUACGAUGAUACCCAAAACAAUCUGGAGGAGGAGUCACAGGAGCCGGAGGAGACGGAGCAGCAGAGGGAGCCGGGACAGGAGCAUGAGCCGUGCAGUCUGCAGCAGCACAACAAGGAUCAACAGAAGCAGCAGAAGCAAUUGAAAAAGAACACACAACAGAAAGCACACACUGCUAACAUGGCUAUGGUCAAAUCCAAUUCGCAUGAUGUAGGCGUGGGUGGCAUGGGUUUGAAUUUGAAAUCCAGCGAGGAGGAGGAUGAUGAGAAUAUUGAUCGUACCGUGCGCAUGUAUAAUCUGUCCAAGAAAUGCUGCAAGAACUACUAUCGACAUGCCCUCGAAAUGGACGGACCCGGUGCCAGCACCGGUCGCAGCAAGUGCAGCAAUGUGCGUGUCGAGAGUCAUCAGUCGGGCACCAGUUCCAGCGAGGAGAGCCUCCAGAAGGUGCCAUCGCCCAUCGAGUUUCUCACCUGUUUCCUGGUGAAGAAGACCCGUGCACCCAAAUCCUCCAGCCGUGCGCCAAUUGCCGAGCAACUGAAGAGGACAUAGAACGCGGCCGCGUUGCUGCCAGCAAGGACAGCAACAACUGUAACAACAACAACAACAACUACGGCAUCCGUAUCGAUAUCAUCGGCAUCGGCAUCAAAGCGUCGCAGCAACUGUUUCUGAAUGUUGGCCAGAGUCGGUGUGCUCUGCGGCGAGGCAUGGAGCUGGCUGCAGCGUUGCGGCGAGUUGCCCAACUCUGAGCCAACAACGUUGCCCGCAACGCGCCUGGGACGCAUUACGUAUUAGGCGUUAGGGGCGUGGCACACGCGACUCACACACAAACACACACUCACACACACAAAUAAUUCGCAUUCAAAUUGGUCACAUCACAGGUAUUUGCAUAAGGAUUCGUGCUGCGCAGUUUUUUCUUCCUUCAUUUGCAGCUACAACAAAAUGGCCAAAGAAGCAGCAGCAGCUUGAAUUCGAUUAGGAAUUUGAAAACAAACACACCGAAAUUGAUUUUUUGAACAAAUUCUUAAUAAUCGACAAACACACAAUUUUGAAACCCAGGAGAUUUUUACAGUCAAAUAUAAUGAGAAUUUGUUAAGCAAACGUUUUUUAUACAAAUUUUUUGAUACCUAAAUAUGAACAAAA